ACUUUUUAAUAUUUCUUAUAACUAAUAUAAUAUUCUGAAACGCUUGAAAAGUAAAUUUAAAAUUUAGAAACAAAUAAUCCAUUCUAAUCAUCCACAAAGAUAUUCUAAUCUCUAUUCAUGAGCACAGCGCCCUUUCCCACACCAUACAACUAAAUGAAUGGAGAUAAAGAGCCAUAGGCCUCCAAAAGCCAAUAAUGUUGGGGAUAAGGUUUGACGUGGCUCAAUUGAAUGGUUUUUAGAUGAUAAGGGUCCAAUCCAUUAGCAGCCAGUUCAUUUUUACUGGCCAAAGUGUAGAUUUCAUCGCCUAAUUAAUUUUGCCCAUUGGUUAGAAUUUAUAUAAUGAAGCAUCUAAGCAUAUUGAGGGGCCUCAGGCAGUUUCAGAAGUACAAUUGUUAGCUUAGCUCCAGCUCUUCAAUUUCAAGAAGGAAGAGUUAAAAAUGGCUUCUUCAAUGAUGGUCUCCUCCGCCACUGUAAUGGUCCCCCGAUCAACAACUCCGGCUCAGUCUACCUUGGUUGCUCCCUACACCGGUUUGAAGUCCGCCGGCGCUCUGCCCAUCGCACGUAGAACCGCCACAAACCUCAACCAUCUCCCGAGCAACGGCGGCAGAGCCCAUUGCAUGCUGGUGUGGCCUAUUGAGGGUAGGAAGAAGUUUGAGACGCUGUCUUACCUCCCUCCACUUACUGAUGAACGUUUGCUCAAGCAGAUUGAGUAUCUUAUCCGUUCGGGAUGGAUUCCUUGCUUGGAAUUCAGCACGGUUGGAUUCGUGUUCAGGGAGAAUCAUAGGUCACCUGGAUACUAUGAUGGACGGUACUGGACAAUGUGGAAGCUGCCUAUGUUCGGGUGCACAGAUGCAGUUCAAGUGAUAAAGGAGUUGGUGGAGUGCAAAAAGGAAUUUCCUGAGAAAUUUGUUCGAAUUAUCGGAUUUGAUAAUCGUCGUCAAGUGCAAUGCAUCAGUUUCAUUGCCUAUAAGCCUGAAGGCAAAGACUAUUAAUGAGCUAUCCUGAAAAAGCAACUAAUGCUUGAGAUUGUUGUUCUAGUUUUCUAUUAUCCAUGGAUUUCUCUUUAUUUUUUUGGGAUUUAAGAACUUUUGUUUAUGUUGGUUUCCUAUGUUGCUUUAGUCCAUCUCUGUUUGUUUUUGUGGAUGGUGGGAACCAAGAAGUAAUCAAGUCAUGGUGUAAUGUUGUUCACUGUCAUUGCAAAGUUCUUCCUGGUUUAGCAGAAGUUAUGAGAACUUUGUAUUAGUUUUGUUAGAUGACA